CAAGCUCGGACCUCUUCCAGCUUCUCGAAGCUGGUCGGGAGAGUCUGAAAGCGCGCAAACAUCGUCUUAUCAACAUGGCAUUGCCACGCAUAUUCUCAAGAGCCUUGCGCGAAGCGGCUCCGACCAUAUCGUCGCGUGCAUUUCACGUAGCUAGAACAGUGCCUGCGAGGUCGAAAUGGCACAUUUCGCUCCCAAGACGGCUCCCCGGCGUUGCAUCUCCAACCCAGCGUCGGUACAGCUCAGACCCGGCGCAACAGAAGGAGCUGCCUCCCAGCAAGACAUAUGACUUCUCCAAAGUGAAAGACGUGGUCCUCUCCACGUCCGAGGACAAGCCCGUCCUAAUCGACGUGCGGGAACCGCACGAGUUCGCCGCGGGCAGCAUACCCGGGGCCAUCAACAUACCCGUGCAGUCGCAGCCCGACGCGCUUUUCCUGAGCCCCGACGCGUUCGAGGACAGGUUUGGCAUUCCGAAGCCCCCACCCGAGCGCGAGGUCGUCUUUUACUGCAAGGCAGGCGUGAGAGGCAAGGCUGCGGCCCACUUUGCGAAACAGAACGGAUACCAAGCCGUGGGCGAAUACCCCGGGAGCUGGCUGGAUUGGGUGAAGAAUGGCGGGGAGCAGAUCAAGCCUUGAUUACGUAUUGCAGUCCUCGAUCGUAGUCGAACUAUGUCAAGCAAUAUACACUCAAUCUAGCCGUCUGUCGUUGAUCAUGGUGAUGCAAGUGCAACGUGGAAGCCUGUCAUGCAGUUUUAUUCCCGACAGAUUAAAACACCCUGUGUCCUGGGUACGUGGGGAACGACAGAAUACGAAGGGUAGCUGCCGUCCUCCGUGUGAACAGUUACUUAUGCUCCAGAUAACAUGAGGAUUAUGCGUCACGCAGGCAAAUUUCGACUGUAUAGUCUGAGGGAUCAGUAAGAAGGACAGCGUGAGCUGAUGGGAAAUUUAUACGAAAAUUCGAGACGGGCAAGGCUAUAUUCUGUACAUAGCUAUAUUCGUUUACAUUCGCGCAAAAAAUCCUCUUGAAGGAUGGGUUCAGCCCCAUCUCUUUGCUGC